AGUCACCACCACUAGGGGGCUGCCGCAAGGGUUCCCAGUGUCAAUAUCGUCCAGUCUGCUGCUAGACACCGCGUAGUACGGGUGCCUCGCUGCCUCACCAUACCGUUUAUCACUCGCCACGUGUCCAACACCUACUUCUUCACUUCGCUUGUUCUCGUCAACUAACAUAAUUCAAAGUGAUGAUAUUUCGACGUGUCCUGGUGUAGAUUCUGUGACGCUAACUAUCAUUUCAACAUUUGUUGGAUAAAACUUUAUCGCCUUUUCAAUAUUCCUCAAACGUUUGGUUAAGUUGUGUUGGGGGGAGUGCCGGUGUGAGUGUGUGGAGGCAGUAACAGUAAUUCAUCCAUACAUUCUCUCCACUUCGAUGCGGGUUUUCCACAUGAUGUAUGUUGCCUGCUGAUGAGGGAAACUACCAAGAGAGGUGUGAGGAAGGACGCGUGAGAGGACAGGAGCCUUGGGAAGCUUGCCGUUGUUGGUGCUAACAUGUUGCUGAUUCGCGGUUUCCUGCUGUUGUUGCUGGUGCUGAUGGUGAUGGUCCCGCAGGCUGACGCCCGUCGGAGGAGUGUACUCAAACGUCAGAACGACCAUGGCCACGACCAUCACCGCCACGACACUCGCAGAGAGCUCCGGCUCCGGCGCAGACGAAUCCGCCAUGCCACGCUGCCCACGCCUGUCAGGCACACAGAGUCUAGCGAGGGAAUCCCUGUGGGCGAGGCUGUGGAUGAUCCCCAGUGCCCGCCCCCGAUGAAACCCUUCGAAAGAGAGAUGUGCAGCGCCCCCGCCUGUCUCCACCACCACCAGUGUUCACAGGGGCGCGCCUGUUGCUUCAACGGCUGCCUUCACACCUGCCUCCUCCAGGUGGACAGUCCUCCAGUGAUAGACUGGCUGGAGGACACGGGCUCCAUCUUGCCUAUUCUGGAAGAGUCGGCGCCACCAAAGCUCCCAGUGCGGUACGAGGACUUGUCUUUCGCCGAAGGCAGAGGAGAGGCAGUUCACCUCCCUGGCGGGUGUACGAUAUCUGGCUCCCAGUACUCCCAGCUCCAGAACUUUAUGAAGGCUCCCAGUAUCGAAAACUGCAUGUGUAACCAGGGUGAGGUGGUGUGCGCCGUCAAGAUGUUCAAGUCGUAGUGCUGGGCCACAACCUGCAGCGAGGACCACCCUCCCCUGCUACACUUUAACCCUCGUCAAGAUAUACUUUAGGACGAAUAGCAGAACAGUUGCUGUAGAUACACUGACGAAUGAAGAAGUAAGGUUCAACAUGAUUACAUGAAAACUUCCUCAGACGAGGAUCCUUCGUUGAUGUUUGUGUGUGGCUGCAGCCCAAGUCCAACUACUACAGAAAAUUGUAAAUACAGUAACAAAGGAUUCGUAGCUUAGAAUCAGGUGUAUAUAUUAUGUAAAAAAAAACAGAUAUAUAUUUUUUGCAUAAAUAAUUUCUCAGAAACCUGUAGGAUAUUGAAGAAAUAUUACAUGUAUUUUUGUGUCCAUGGAACCUGAGGACCGGGAGGUGUCCGAGGUGAGAAGAGCAACAUGCUGUCCUCAACACAGCUCCCUCCUCCCUAGUGUGAGUGUUGACAGUGAUGCCAUCUUUAAAGGUGCACCAUUAUUUCACGGUAUUUAGUUGGUGUUUAUUGUUCAUUUAAGGGAAAAUUGGGCAGUGCGCUGAAUCUCUCUUAAAGGCGGAUGUACUCUAGUGUCUUCAGUAGUUAUGGUUAUGACAGUUGGUUCUAAAGGAGGUCUUGGUGAUGUUAGAAGACUUUACAUGGGUCUUAAUGGUGACGUGACCUUAUAACGGCGGUUGUAUCAAGAGGCCUUAAUGAUGUGACAUUUAAUUGUCAUGAGCUGCAAAGAAAUUUAUUAGUUGUGCUGUCGUGCAUUAUUGUAUAUAAUACUUAACAAAACACUCGUCUUGGUUGAUAGCAAACGCCCACGAGAAUGAAUGUACUGAACACACACACACACACACGUGUGAAUAUACACACAUGUGGGUAAGAUAUUCACUCUCAAGGGGUAAAUGUACACUCUCAUUGUCUAUACAUUUAAGUGAAUGAACAUAAAUUCACGUGUGUCUCAUCACACUCACUUUGUUAAUUGUACACACAUAGUACAUACAUGAAGUAAACAUACGUAUGCGAAUGUACACGCGCGUGGGUAAUUGUACACGCGUGAAUUUACAGUACAUGUUCAUAAUACUUGUUGCUUGGUACAGGGUUUUAUCAGCACAAGCGACUCGGUAACUAAGACCUCGUACACCCACACUGUUUUCUUGCUUUACUACUUCAGUAAGAUUUACCAAAAAUAAGUCAGAAUGCAGUUACACCAACGACUCCAGUCUUUCUUUCCGUUUACACGGUGUACGGCAGGAGGCGAUGAACAGUAGGAGUCGCCUUCGGUGCCCUGGAGUAGACUUGAGCUUACUGUCCACUGCUGCCCCACCACAGCAGGGCAUCACUAGUGUUGGGUCCGUGUGUGUGUUGUUGUAUACAUAUCCAACUUUGGUAACGCAAUAACCUGAUAAUGCUAAAGGUUGGUAAUACAAAUUCUUUGUAAUUUAAUGACUACAAUAAAAUGAUAAUGCAAUAACUUAAAGAAACUACAGAAGAUUUACAUAAACUUACUCUGUAAAUAUAUACACUAACAGCAAAAUGUUUUGCUGUAAGUUUGAUGAGUAUUAUCUUUUAAUAUUAUCCAGAGUUAUGGCCGUGUUGUUUAACUUGUUAUUAGUCUCACUGUGAAUGUUAUUUGAGUGUAAUGCUCUCUCCACGCGACUGGUGUAAUGCGCUCACAGAGCCUGCGGGUCGUACACCCAUGAGACCCCACACAUUAGUUGUUAGGACCUGAUCUGUUGAUUAGUUUACCUCCCCGUUAGAACCAUCGCCCUAUUAUAAGAAAAUAUGGAAGUAAACGUCGCCAUUAAAAACUGAGUGAGGCUAAUCCGUCAUAACGACCCACGAGCACGUACUCACUACCCCAAUCAGCUUUAUGGAUCUGCCAUAGUAGAUUUCAGGUGUCAAAUCCUCACUCUCAGCCACUUCUCCUAAUACAGCCUUCCUGCCAGCAGUUGUAUCCUGCUAUUCGGAUACAAGUGUUACAAUUUCAUUAAUUUGAAUGCUUAACGUGUGUAUCGGUAGGCCCACACAAUGCUUAGUAAUCAUUUCCGCUCACUUUAGUCUUGGGAUAGCCUACUGAAGGUCGAUCCUGUCUACUCCGGUGACUAUUUUUACAGGUAGACGGGUAAUCUUUCAUUAUCUCAGAAAGUCGCGACCCUGCCUUGCCAGCUAAGAGGGCGCUUGGAAUCCUACAUAUAAUACCCAGUUUCUACUCUUUAAAAGUGGGUUGGCGAUAUAAACAUCCAGCUGUCUAUAAGUCAAAUGUGUCUGUUGGCAACCGGGCCAUCAGGUACAGUAAUCAUGACUAACCCAGGCAAGCGUGAAAAUGUGACCUUGGAACGGUGGUGGUGGUAGUGGUGAUGAUGGUGAUGAUGAUGAUGAUGAUGGUGGUGGUGAUGAUGAUGAUGAUGAUUGUGAUGGUGAUGUUGAUGGUGUGCAAGAGCUUUAUUAGCAAGUUUCUUAUAACCUAUCUCAGGUUAGUAAUGGGACUGACCCACUUUGGCUUAUAUCAAAGGAGAAUCCAAUUUUACAGACAGUAACUCGAUCCAACUUAAUAUAGGUAGAAGUAAAUGUUGGAGCUGGACCCGAGUAGGUUUUCCCUGGUGUGUUGGAAGAGAACAAAUUAAUCCAACAAAACAAAAAGUAGCUUGUAUGAGGUUAAAUUUGAAGAUGAGUGACAGGAUCUGCAUUGAUUGUUUUUGUCAAGUUUGGCCUCGUGUUCACAUUUGUAUCCAUGUGAAGUUAGGCAAAUCUUCGUGUGUGUAAGUUGGUCUCUCCUCUUAGUCUUUUUGUGUCCCAAUUUCAUCACUUUCCCCAAGUUAGGUUAAGUGUACCAAAUUUUCUGCCCUUAACUUCCUCUCUGCUCAUUCUAGGUUAACUACUCAUACCUAACCUUGUCUGUUUAUUUGAAACUUUGGUUGGUGCUGCCAAACCUUUCCACUGCCCUUAAUCAGGUUAGGUAUACGUGACUUUUAUUCGUCCUAAUUUAGGCUUGUUGUGCCAGAUUUUCUGUUACUCCUAAGUUGGGAUGAUUCAACUCAAUUUAUUCCGUCUGUGCUUAGAGCUGUUUCUCUCGUAUGUGGGCAUGCAACUUCUGUACGUUCAUCUCUUUUAUCCUAAGUUAGACUGACGGCUUAACUCUGUUUCUUUACAUCUUAACUUAGACUAGUUGUGCCUAUAUUUUGUCUGCUCGUCUUACACAAUUAUGUUUGUACUUAAAUAUAUUUCUUGUUAUCCUAAAUUAGCCUGGUGCUUGUGUCUACUCGACUUAUUUUAUGCAGGUUGUGCUUAAUUUAAUUCUUGCAGAAAAAUUUGUCUCCGUCAAAUCACAUUAAUUUCAUAUUUUCUACACUAAUUUGUUUCGAAUCAUUAAUUAGAUAUUGCCUGAGAAUCACCUGUUUCACUAUUUCAUUAUUAAUCAGAUUAAUUUAGGCCUGCGGUAUAUUUAUUUGUAGUAGAUACAGCAAGAGUUAGGUUACAUUUGUUUAUAUAAACUUAUAUGAUAAACUCUGUACAUAGCGUCAACUGGAUCAAACUUACUUGGUCCAGAAAGGUAGUUGAGCAGUCGUCCCACUAGUGUAAAGAUCUAUGCAUUUUCAUCCAAUCAGCAUAAAGGUAAUUUAUACGUUCUCUCCCUAUAAGCAAGAAGGUACCUAUGUUUCCAUUUAAGAACCAUGGAAGUGUUCGUAAUCUCGUUCAAUCACUGGAGAUAGUGUUCUCGUCCACUAAGGGUGGAGGACUGUACCUUAUUUUAUCCUUUAAUAAUAGCUAAAACUCGCUGAAAAUGUUUGUUUCCGUCCAUUUAGAAGGCAUUUGUCCCCCCCCCCCUCCCCCUAAUUAGCAUGAAAGAUUGUGCCUAAUCAUCGUCAAGGUACUUAGUUUGGAAGAGGUGCCUUUUAGGCUGCCAGAUGGAUACAGUACUCGCCUCCUUUUCAAAUUAUCGUUGGUUCGCGAUCAGAGGAAACUUCUAGUCGAAUCAUCUAGGAAUGGGUACCCAACUUUACAUAUAGGGAAGUGUAAACCGAGGAAAGGCUCAGUAUACAGUGUGCUUCUUGUAUGUGCACUGUCCCUGUGGGCCUACUUUAACUACAUCCAGGCAGAUAAUAGUCUGGUCCGGGACGGCACCCAUGUGUUGAGUUACUGUGACCAAAGUAACUUAAAGGUUAACGUUAUGUAGCUAUAUUUUUCAUUAAUCUGUGUACUCUCUCUUUUGUGAUAUUUUAUAUUUUAUCUUUACUUCUGGUCAUUCGUUGAAACUAUUUUGCUGUUUAAAUCCUCCAACAAAUGGUUAAAUUCAGUUUGAUAUGCACUGCUAUAUAUUUUGUCUUGUGCUUUCUAAAAUAUAUAUAUAUAUAUAUAUAAAGCUGCUUGUUUGUGGUUUGUCUGGUGAUAGACGAUGAAUGGGACAUUUUGAUGCUCUCUGUCAGGCUGUUUAGGACGGUGACAUUUGCUGGUGUUUUAAAAUAUUAUUUUUUUAUCAUUUGCUUACAUUAACAUAAAAUAAAAUGUGACAUUUUAAACUAGGAAUCACCAUGGGUUUUGCUUCAUGACAGAUUUAUAUCUUCACAAGAUAUGCCGAAAUAUCUUUUAUUUAUAAAUACUGUACUGUAUAUCGACGGUUCAUUAAUUAUCCGAUUCAUCGACUGAAGCAAAUCACGAUAGUACUACGAUAUGUGUAAAUACUGUGUGUGAUCCAAGUCUAAAUAAUCAUUAUAUUUUCCCGACUUGGAUCAUUAUCAAUUCUUAGGAAAGAAAGCGAAUACUUGGAGGUUAUAUGUAUAAAUGUGAUAUAUUCAUAUUAAUAUUAAAAUAUUAUUUCAUCAACCCUCUUGUGGCAGCUGCUUGACGGUCAGGUUAGGUGAGCGUUGAUGCCACAUAAUAUAUGCGAGGCCUGGUGGGUCUCGGAUCCAUGACUGUGCAUUUAUGUCAAAUCUGUACAAUAACUAUUUUGUUGUGCCAAGUGCAGCUUAUGAAGCUUUAACAGGUACUAUGGACUAAACGAAAAUAAAGGUAUAUAAAAG